AUGAGUGAAGAAACAAAUACCGAUAUUAAGGAGAAGGUUCCCGUGGAGGAUUUGGAAGCAACCAGCAACAAUGAGGAAACUAAGCAGAGUGAGACCAAUGCCAAUGAAGAUACGGAUAAGGACAGUUUGGUAGAAGUUUCAGAAGAGGCUACCAAGAUCCAAUUGGAAGAUAACACAGAGUUGGAAGAAAAGGAGGAAAAGAAGGAUGAACCUUCCUCUGAAGUUCAAAAAGAAACCAAUGAAGAUGAUGCUACAAAUGAUAAGAACGAAGAAGAUGAAGGUCCACCUCUACCAACUAGAAGAAAAACCGAACCAGAAGCUGAAGAAUCAGAAAACCCAAUCUUAAAGCAAUUAAAGGAAGCGUUCCCUAACAUUGAAGAAAAAUAUGUGAAAACUGUCCUUAUUGCAUCUCAAGGUGCAUUAGAUCCUGCUUUCGAAGCUUUGCUUUUCUUAUCUGAUCCAAAUUCAAGUAAAGAUAUUGAAUUGCCUACAAAGCCAAUUGCAGCUAAUGCAACCCCUGCAUUACCUCAAAGAAGAAAAUUAACUCAAUUGGAACAAGACGCUUUAUUAGCUCGUCAAUUGAAUGAGGAAUAUAAUAAAGCUCAUGACCCACCUCGCGGUGCAGUAAGAGAUAAUGGAAGAAGAACUCGUCCUCAACAACAACGUAGACAAAGGACUGCUAAUGAUGAUGAUCUUGAUUUUUCACAAGAGGAUGAUUCUUGGGCUCAAUUUGUAGAAAAGGAUUUACCUGAUAUUACAGCAAGGGCUAAAGGAUCCCUUCAAGAAACAGCUAUGAAAGUCGGUUCUUGGUUUUCUAAAAACGUUAUUGGUGAAGAGGAUCCUAAUCAACCUCAACCACAAGGAAUGAAUAAUAGAAAUGGAAAUUCUGACUUUACUGAUGAACAAAUUAAACAACAACAAAAAGAAUGGUCCUAUUACCAGAAGCAGAAAAAGGGCCCUGAAAAUCCAGAAAGACGUAGAUUUAAUUCAUUUGGUGCUCAAGUAGGAGAAGAUUCUCUAGAGAGCCAUGGAAUUGCAUUACACGAUAAUGAAAAUUUAUCAGAUGAAGAUGAAGAUGUUCCACCUCAAUUGCCAACAAGAGAAAAGUCAGUUGAUUCCAAUACUCAAAAUGAUGAAACUAAUGCCACUGCUACGCCAAAGGAUAAAGCCAAAGUUGUAGCACAAACCACCUUUAUUGACACUCCUGAAGGCUCCGCCAAGCCAAAAUGGCAACCUGUAGCUCCAGAACCAUUGAACGGUACCCCUACAAAGAUAAAUGCAUCAGGUCAAGCGAAGAUAAAGAAUCCAGAUGAGGAUGAGGAUUUUUUAAUAAACAGUGACGAUGAACUAUAA